AUGAAACGUAAUGAGAGCAAAGCGUCAAUAUGGUCGGCAAGAAGUUCGGCAUCCCUCAGAUGUCGCUUCAGUAUCGGGGAAGAAGAUAUCAAUACCAUGAAAAAGGAGGGUACGCUAGAGCAGUCGAUGAUGGAGGCACUCCUGAACGAUCGGAUCGAUGCUGUUAAGGUCCUCAUAGAGAAUGGUUUUCAAAUGCAAACCUUCCUCACAAUAGCACGUCUGGAAGAGCUCUAUAAUACGAGACUCGGGCCUGCAAACACUCUACGGCAUCUUGUACAGGACACCAAGAAAAAGAAUAUCUCCUCCAGCUAUCGCUAUACGAUGUUGGAUAUCGGGGCUGUGGUAGAACAGUUGAUGGAGGGAGCCUAUCGGUCAGGGUACUGCCGUAAACGAUUUAAACAGAAGUAUAACGCCAUUAAACGCAACAGUAUUGUCGGAAACAUGGGAAGACUGGUGACAUCUAUGCCCAUGAUCAUGGAUACCACAGGAGCUCAGGAGCUUUUCCCUCUUCCCUUCCAUGACUUACUGAUUUGGGCAGUCCUUAUGAAACGACAAGAUAUGGCCGUGUAUCUAUGGCGACAGGGAACCGAGGCUAUGGCUAAGGCAUUAGUGGCGUGUAAACUAAAUAAGGCGAUGGCGGCAGAAGCUGACCGAUACGAUCUGGAAGUGGACAUCUCGGAUGGCCUUCGGUCAAACGCCAAGGUCUUUAUGAAAUUAUCCCUGGAGCUGUUGGAACACUGCUACAAGAUUGAUGAUGCAUGCACUCAGCAUUUAUUGACAUACGAGCUCAAGAACUUCAGCAACCAAACAUGCAUUGGCUUAGCAGUGUCUGCCAAUCAUCGAAAGUUUGUAGCCCAUAGAUGUUGCCAGAUCCUCCUGAACGAUAUGUGGAUGGGCGGGCUUCGUACACGGAAAAACAGCAGUUUGAAAGUGAUAUUAGGAAUCCUUUGCCCUCCAUGCAUAGCUGUUCUCCAGUUCAAGACUAAGGAAGAACUGAAAUUGAUGCCACAGACCCUUGAGGAACAUUUGUAUGAACUCCAGGCUCAGGGUCUGAAUGACAGAAAUAUGUCAAUCAGUGACGAGAUGAACUCUGGAAAUGUUAAUGAGUGUUUCCACAGCGAAGAGAACACGGAAACAAGUUUUCAGACCCCAACGUCAUCCAAUCCUAGUGUGCCAACCAGUCCAAGUGUAAACAACAGUCCAAGCUUCCAUUUAGGUCGCUCUGUUCUGAAGUCUCAGGAAUCCACUACCACUGACGCGUCGGCCGUCACAGACAAUUCUUACGGAAUCUAUUUUCCGGCAAAAAAGAAAGAACUCCGAUUGGACAGAAAAGUCUACGAGUUUUACAAUGCUCCAAUCACUAAGUUCUGGAUGAAUGCAAUGAGCUAUAUUCUGUUCCUUAUGUGCUACACAUACGUUGUCCUUGUGAGAACCUACCCGGAACCCAAGUGGCAAGAAAUGGUAGUCAUGGUGUAUGUAGCCACUAUAGCACUGGACAAAAUCAGAUCGAUCAUAGCAUCAGAACCAGUCAACUUUACAAAGAAGAUGAAUUUGUACUUCAGCCAGAAAUGGAACAUAUGGGACACUAUGGCUUUAACAAGCUUUGCCAUGGCAGUAACUUUACGAUUUAUACCGGCCACUUUACGAGACGCCCGUAUUUUAUACACAAUAAAUAUUGUGUUCUGGUACCCAAGAAUUCUACAGAUGAUAUCAGUCAACAGAUACCUCGGACCGUACAUAAAGAUAAUGGCCAAAUUGUUCAUAGACAUGUGUUACUUUACCGUCAUCAUGGUCAUAGUAGUGAUAACGUUUGGAAUCGUCAGACAGUCGAUACAUUUUCAACAUGAAGAGCCCUCCUGGAAACUCGUCCGGAACGUCUUCUUCUACCCCUAUUGGAUGAUCUACGGCGAGUUGUUUGCUCACGAAAUCGACACGUGUUAUGAUCCCGACAAUCACCCUGGUGGCUGUACAUACGGGUCCUGGGUCGCUCCUGCCUUCAUGUGUGUUUAUCUUCUCCUCAUCUAUGUCCUACUCGUCAACAUGUUAAUCGCCCGCUUCAACGCUACUUUUAUCGCUAACGUGUCCAAUGUAAAAGAGAUAUGGAAGUUUCAGCAAUAUAUGCUUGUUAUGAGAUACAAAAUGUGCCCCAUCUUACCAGCUCCAUUGGUGUUCAUCAGUCACAUAUUCCUCAGCGUAAGAUACCUUAUUCGACGAUGUAAGGGGACAGACUCAAAGUUUGAGAACGGCUUGAAACUAUUUUUGUCCCACAAGGAUACUGAUCACCUACAUGAGUUUGAGUCAGAAUGUGUAGAAGAUUACUUCCGGCAAACAGAUACGGACUUCCGGUCAUCACAAGCGGAAAGAAUACGUGUUAUAGAUGAAAGAACAGAGAAGCUAAAUCUCGGACUGGACGGUAUAUCACAGAAAGGUCAGUGUAUGAAGCUGUCCUUACAAAGUGCAAAUCAAAGAAUGGCUAACCUGGAGGAUAUUUCCAAAAGGACUUCCGAGGCGCUCCAGAGCUUGAAGACGUUGCUGGAUCUCGGAGUAAAAAGUAUUGGUGCCAAUGGUUUCGCUUCGUGUGUAAGCAGCAUUGAACAGUCCUUGUCCAUAAAUAAUACUUCCGAUAGUAGUUCUUCUGAAGACAACGAAAGUAUAAAGAAUGGUGAUGAUACUAUAUCAGUGAAGAGUGAUUCCUCACCAGCGGAUCCGUGUGUUAUAUCAGUACCAAAGACAAUGACUCCAAAUGAAGACGACAAGGAGUGUGACGCGAGCAAGGAGACAGAAGAAGGACAAAGACUGUUAAUACAUGUUUAUGGUGAUAACAAUGAACAAAACCCUGAACCAGUGACAAAAGAUGUAUCAGACACUAAAGAAAAUGAAAAGAACAAUCUCAAUACAGCGGAGGUCCGUGUUCGAAGGGUGUCAGCAUGA